UUUCAAAGCCUUAAAAAGCUUCUCAAAGAAAACGUUACAGCUUUUUCUUUCAUAAAAUCCUCAGAAGUAAAAAAAGAAAAAAAACUCCGGCGGUCGGAAAAUGGGUCAAAAAGGGUAUCAAUCGCCGGCGAAGAAAUUGUUGUCAUGGAUUCGAAAAAAAUCGAAAAAAGUGAAAAUCUUUUUGGGUAUAAUCACAGCAAUCAGUCUAUUGGUGACUCUUAAGUUAGUUGUUCAUGAUCACAACUACUUCUUUGUUAUAGCUGAAGCUAUUCAUUUGAUUGGACUUUUGGUUUUGAUUUACAAAUUGACAACCCUCAAGACUUGCUCUGGUCUUUCAUUGAAGACUCAAGUGCUUACAGCUAUAUUUUUGGCUGUAAGAUUAUACUGUAGUUUUAUUAUGGAAGCAGAUAUCCACACUGUGCUUGAUCUUAUCACCCUUGUGGCAACAUUAUGGGUCAUAUAUAUGAUGAAAUUCAAGCUGAAGGCAUCCUACAUGGCAGAUCUGGAUAACAUGCCCUUAUACUAUACGAUAAUUCCUGCCGCAAUUUUAGCCUUCCUUGUCCAUCCUACUACAAGUCAUAUUCUGAUAAAUCGGAUGCUUUGGGCUUUUUGUGUAUAUCUGGAAUCCGUCUCAGUGCUGCCUCAGCUUCGCUUGAUGCAGAAUGUUCAGAUAAUUGAACCAUUUUCAGCUCAUUAUGUUUUCGCACUGGGCGUUGCAAGAUUCUUGGGUUGUGCUCAUUGGAUUAUUCAGGUUUAUGACACUGCUGGAGCAUACAUUUACUUGGCUGGACGCGGUUACUUCUGGAUACCUAUGGUCUUUUUGGCAGAAAUUGUUCAAACUUUCAUCUUGGCUGAUUUCUGCUUUUAUUACGUAAAAAGUGUCAUGAGUGGCCAGUUGAUCGUUCGCCUGCCAACACCGGUGUAAUACACUAUGAGACUGUAACAAUCUUUGAUAGUUCUUAAGUUAUUGUGUAAAAUUGCUCCAUCCUUUUUCUUUGACAAAGAAGCAAAAAAAUUUGUUUUGGAAAUUGGAUACAGAGACUGGAACAAUCUUUGCUGCUACUUUUUUCCAUUUUGAAGAUUUUGCAGAACUUUGCCA